UUUCUGGGGAGUGACAAUAUGGCCGACCGGUGGCUUCAGAGCCUCUCACUUACCAAUACAUCAGCAAUCCAGGAUGUAUCAGGGGAGAUUGUAGGAGAGAGUGCGGGGCGUAGCGGCAAAGAGGGUGUUUUCGUUUGGCUGUAACAUGAUACCAGUAACGGGAACACAGCUAUGGGACAGUAGACAGAUCCUUGAUUUCAGGCACUUCGGCGGUAUCUGGCUCACUGCUGAGGCGACUCUUAUCUAAAAAGCAUGGGUGGCACAGAAUAAAGGAAUGAAGGCAAAUUACUUUGAAAAAAUUCGUUAAAAUAGCAGCAGAAAUUGACAGAGAAGAGCGCAGGCUACAUAGCCUAGGGCUAUCAUAAUAGCCUAGUAAACCGUUUUGCAUAGAGAUACAUUCACCGUCAACAGCAUUAUGAAGAAGGUGAUAUAUGGCGUUUAUUUUUGUGUUGUGUCUACGUUCCUACAUUGUCUAAGAUGACACAGUGACACCGCGUUCACAGCAACAUUUGUAGCCGCAUAAGAACAUUUGAAAGAAUCACAUCAUCGCGGACCUCAUCUUGGAGGAUUGGCCUAUUUUUACGGUAGGGCGGGGGUGAAAAAUCCAGCAGUACGCUAGUUGAAGUUGACCCCUCAAAAUACCGGGAACAUUUUCAAUUGAAUGUAUUGCCCAUUUAACUCAAACAAAAGGAUGAAUUCGAUGGUCUUUGCUGAGGCUUCGCCAUCUUCGGGUGCCGCUGCGUUCCCAGUUGGAGCGCCAGCCUCUGGUGCUAGGGUGUCUAGUGCCCUACGGAACGAUUUUGGUUCCAACAUUCAUGCCAUGAAAAUCCUUAACCUGCGAUUUCGAUGUUUCCUAGCUAAAGUUCAUGAAUUGGAGCGUAGAAACAAGUUGUUAGAAAAUCAACUACAGCAAGCACUAGAGCAAUCCCGCUACAGAGCCUACAUUAGCCGAGCAACCCAAACGGGCUAUUUGGACCUUUCUCUGGCUCUGUCCCGGCCACGGGUACCCGGUACGAUAUGGAGCUUUACCCACACAAGGAGGUUUGGGGACCGACUCGAGACUCUCCACAGCCCCGGGGUGUCAUGGAUGCAGCCGGAUGGUGUUGGAGUUCAAGUCGACACCGUCACCCCUGAACUGCGAGCCCUUUACAAUGUGUUGGCUAAAUUCAAAAGAGAUAGAGACGAGUACAGAAAAAAAUGGGAGGAGGAGCUGUCUAAGCGCCAGCAGAUGGAGGCCAUGGUGGAGACACUACAGGAGAGUGCCCAGGAGUCUGAAGUGGUUCAGGGGGAGCUCACUGUGACGGUGGAGAGACUCAAGACAGAGCUGGUGGUCUUCAAGAGCCUCAUGACCGACAAUGAACACCCAACCAACUUUAAAUUAUGCGGACUGGUUCAACUCACUGAAAUGUCAGACUUGGACACUGCGAUCCAGGAGAAGGCCAUGAAGGUGGACAUGGACAUCUGCAGACGCAUUGACAUCACGGCCAAACUUUGUGACGUGGCUCAGCAACGCAACUCAGAAGACAUGAGCAAGAUGUUCAACAUGAGCCCACACAUGAGCCCCUCCAGAGCACCCCCAGAGAGCAAGGGGGCUGCAUCUUGCAGGAGGAAAGAGUGUAAGGCUGUGAAUGAGGAGAGGAGUCCUGAGAUUGAAGCUGAGUCUGGUGCUGGGGAGGAGGAUGAAGAGGAGGAGAAGGAGAAGGUCGUAGAGGCACUCAACAUCACAGACGAGAUGAAACGCAUGCUCAAUCAGCUAACUUGCUCAGAUGAUAAUUCCUUUGUCACCAGGAGGGAGACGUUUGACUUUGAUGACGACUGUGACAGCCUGGCUUGGGAGGAGAAUGAGGAGACACUGCUCCUCUGGGAGGACUUUGCCAACUACAACACCCCCUGUGCUGCAGCCAGUGCUACUGCAGGUGCCUGCACUGCAGCAGAAGGACAGGGGGAGGGCCCUGGGCAGGCCUCUCAGGAUGGCAGUUUGGGCAGCCUGAUCGAUGAGACCGAGAUGCUUUUCCAGAACCGAGAGAAGGAGUACCAGGAGACCAUGGGGCAAAUAGAGUAUGAGUUGGCUACAGCUAAGAGUGAUAUGAACCGUCACCUAAAGGAGUACAUGGAGAUGUGUUCUAUGAAGAGAGGCCUGGAUGUGCAGAUGGAGACCUGCAGGAGACUCAUCAAGGGCUCAGGGGGCACCGGCAGGAACUCUCCAUCGUUCAGCUCGGUAGCAAGCAGUGACUCAGGGAACAGUGAUGAGAUCCAGGAGGAGCUGGAGAAGGACGGAGAGGCAGUAGGAGGGGUCAGCUGAUAACUGACCCUUGACCCUCCGGCCCCUGGCUACACCAUCACCUGACAAGGAGAAGAUGAUGGAGGAAAUGCCAUUGUUCCUCAAUGCUGUGAUCCCCCUUUUCUUCAGCAGGUUUCCAGUUGAUCUAGGAGGAGUCCUGUGGAAACUAUUGGUGCUUCACCGUUUUACCCAUAUAUGGAUGAACUUGUAUUCCACAACAAGGUGCAGUGUUGGUUCCUCCUCACUGCUCCUCAUUGGCCUACUACUGAUCAGAGCGGUCACCCCUACUCAACACAAGUAUCUACACACACACUCAACUUACUGUACACCUAUGGUCAUUUUACUGUGUAUUCACCCCAGUAUUCAUCCUAACCAUGUUAAGAUAAAGGAAACCGGACAUAUUCAGCCAUUAGUGGUCUAGCAAAGCAUUCAGUGGUCCAUAUGAUAUAUUUAAGCAAUUAGGCCCGAGGGGGUGUGGUAUAUGGGUAAUUUUUUACAGCUAAGGGCUGCUCUUAAGCACGGCGCAACGCGGAGUGCCUGGAUACAGCCCUUAGCCGUGGUAUAUUGGCCAUAUACCACAAACCCCGAGGUGCCUUAUU